AUGAGAUCAAGCAUCUAUCAAUUCUUGGUGGGCUGUUUCGCAGCCAUCGGGUCGUUUCUCUUUGGUUAUGAUCUGGGAGUGAUUGCAGAAGUUGUAGCUUCAGACUCCUUCAAAGCCAGCUUCCUUCAAGAAAAUGCAGACUCGCGUUCGGGAACUGUUGUCGCCCUCUUCACAGCAGGUUGUUUCUGUGGUGCAUUCCUUGCAUCAUACACCGAUCCUCUAGGCCGAAGGCGUACGAUCUUGCUCGCAUGUUGCAUCUUCGUUGUCGGUGGUACCAUUCAAACUGCUGGAGUAAUCAUUGCUAUGCUCUAUGUCGGCCGCCUCAUCGCUGGCAUCGGCGUAGGCUUCUUGACCAUGAUCAUCCCCAUCUAUCAAGCCGAAUUGGCGCAUCGCAAGAUCCGAGGCAAGAUCACAAGCUUGCAACAACUCUUCAAUGCCCUUGGUCAGAUUUUCGCAACGUGGAUCGGUUACGGCUGCUACAUGACCUGGACACACACUGGAAACAGCAGAGAAUGGCGCAUCCCUCUGGGUUGUCAAUUGGUUCCAGCCAUUUUCCUGGGUGGCUUGAUCAUGUUCUUUCCGGAGUCUCCCAGAUGGCUCUGUGCACACGAUCGGGCUGACGAAGGACUCCAAGUUCUUGCGCAGUUGCAUGCACAUGGCGAUACAAGCGACUCGUACGUCUUAGCCGAGUUCGAGCUGAUCCAGUCACAGAUAGUCGAAGAAAGGUCGCAAAAGAGCAUUGGAUACUUUGAUCUCUUCCGUGGAUGGCCUAAUCUCCGCCGCACUAUCCUUGUCAUGGCGAUACAAGCAAGUUGUCAAAUGACAGGCGUCAGCGCAAUCCAGUAUUUCUCGCCUCAGAUAUUCGCACAGAUUGGUAUUCCGACAAGCAGAUCUUUGCUCUUUCAAGCUGUGAAUGCGAUCAUCGCUUUUGCCGGGACGACUGUUUGUAUCCUCACAAUUGACGGAGUCGGUCGUCGACCCCUACAGAUAUUUGGACACAUCUUUCUCUGCGUGACCUUCGUCAUCAAUGCAGCUAUCAUCAAGGUCUUCCCAACGACAUCGAACAGCACAAGCGCUCAUUGGGCUUUCGUCGUCAUGACAUGGCUCUUCAAUUUUGUCUUUUUCCUUACGAGCGGACCCUUGAGCUGGGCCAUCCCAGCAGAGCUUUUUGGUACAGCGAUGCGCCUGAAGGGCGUGUCUUGGGGUGCAAUGACCUCGUUUGCUUUCAACACGAUGAUCGGCCAAGUGACUCCUAUCGCCAUCUCUUCAAUUGGCUGGAAAUUCUAUCUCGUGUUCAUUGUCUGCAACCUGACAAAUGCCAUCUUCUUCUGGUGCUUCCAGCCUGAGACCAAGGGCCUCAACCUUGAGGAUAUGGACGAACUUUUCCGCGACAGUCCCACGUUCGUCCCGGGCAGCAAGUGGGCCCCAAGCUCUUAUGUCAACGAAUUGGCCAGAGAAAUUGCAAAGGGGGACGAAGUCAAGACUAUCGAGACACAGCACAUGGAAGAGGCCUAG